CUUGACUGUGAUUUUUGGCACACAGUGUCACAUACCAAAUUCCCAAAAUAAAAUGCUACAUGAUAGUCUGAGAGUUCUUAGGAAGCUUUAAAAAGGGAUUUGUCUGCUGAGUGGGUACCUCUUCUGGUGAAGCCAAAUGAUGCAGCAGCAAUGGUUUAAAAGGAGAAAACUUUAGUCAGCAGAUAAUUAGUCUUUUUAAAUAAGUGCAAGGAGAAAAAAAGAAAACCUUCCAUCAGACUUGUGUUUGUAGAAGUUGUCAGCAAUCCUGCUUUGAUUGGAAAGGGUUUGCAGCUCUUUGAAUAGUUAAAACAUCUGUUCAGUGACAUUGUGAAAUGCUCGUGUUCAGAACCCCUGAUAAGGGGGACUGCUGAGUGAUUGGCUCAUAGAGGCUCUACAGGCAGCAAGGGCUGCACGAACUGUGGCCACCGCUUGCCUUUCCUCCUCCUGGGCAGAGGAAAACGUAGGAGACAGCUACUAUUUUACAUGUGAUUUUGCUUUGAGAGGGAGAGAGCAGGAAGUGCCUAGGAAAUGGUUCAUGACAGAAACCUGGAGUUUUAAAUAGGAGAGAGGAGGAGGAGGAGAGCUCAUGGGCACAGUUUGUGAACAGUUGAAACACUGACACGACAGCAGCAGGGGAAAACCAUAUUUCUGCGAGAGCAAGCACGUCCCAAGCUAUCCCGAUGGAAGGAGAGACAGUCCCCGAGGCCAGGGGAGCAGCCAGCAAAGCCACUCGGAUCGCCCUCGGUGUCUUUGUGAGUGGCACUGUUGUUCUUGGCACCGCGCUUUUCUUGGUUAGCCAAGGUCUUAUAAAGUUUCAUCCGAAGCAACAGUACUGUUUGACUGCAGAAUGCAUUGAAGCUGCUGCUGGCAUCCUGAGCAAGAUAAAUCAAUCCAUAGAUCCGUGUGAGAACUUCUAUCGAUUUGCAUGUGAUGGCUGGAUAUAUCAAAACCCUAUUCCUGAAGAUAUGUCCAACUAUGGUGUUUAUCCCUGGCUGCGACACAAUGUGGACCUCAAACUAAAGGCCUUGCUAGAGAAACCCAUCAGCAAAAGACGAGACAGUGAAGCUGUACAGAAGGCCAAGAUCCUUUACGCAUCCUGCAUGAAUGAGAAUAAAAUUGAAAAAGCUGAUGUGAAACCUCUGUUAAGUAUACUGAAGCAUUCACCUUUCCGUUGGCCUGUGUUGGAAUCCAAUAUUGGACCUGAAGGGCUGUGGUCAGAAAGGAGGUUCAGCUUAGUCCAAGCCUUGGCAACUCUUCGUGGCCAAUACAGUAGCUCUGUCUUCAUCCGUUUGUACGUGGCUGCUGAUGACAAAAUCUCCAAUCGCUAUAUCCUGAAGCUUGACCAAGCAAGUCUCUCUCUGGCAUCUCGAGAGGAUUACCUAGAAAAUACCACAGAAGCCAAAUCUUACCGAGAUGCCUUUUUGCAGUUCAUGGUUGAUACAGCAGUGCUUCUGGGUGCAAACGCCUCCCGAGCUGAAUCGGAUAUGAAAUCAGUUCUAAGACUGGAAGUUAAAAUAGCAGAGAUCAUGAUUCCCUAUGAAAAUCGAACAAGUGAGGUGAUGUACAAUAAAAUGAACAUAUCGGAGCUUAGUGCCAUGAUUCCACAGUUUGACUGGCUGGGAUACAUCAAGAAGGUGAUUGACACCAAACUCUAUCCUGAGCUUAAAGAUAUAGGUCCUUCAGAAAAUGUGAUUGUCCGUGUUCCCCAGUACUUCAAAGAUUUAUUCAGGAUACUAGAAAAUGAAAGGAAAAAGACUCUUGCCAACUACCUUGUGUGGAGGAUGGUUUAUUCAAGGUUAUUCAACCUCAGUAGACGUUUUCAGUAUCGGUGGCUGGAAUUUUCUCGGGUGAUCCAUGGGACUACAACUUUGCUGCCUCAGUGGGAUAAAUGUGUGGACCUUGUAGAAAAUGCCCUCCCCUACGUUGUGGGUAAGAUGUUUGUGAAAGCCCAUUUUCAAGAAGACAAGAAAGAGAUGAUGGAGGAGUUGAUUGAAGGAAUUCGCUGGGCUUUUAUUGACAUGCUAGAAAAGGAAAAUGACUGGAUGGACUCUGAAACAAAAAGAAAAGCUCAUGAGAAGGCAAAAGCAGUUAUGGCGAAAGUUGGUUACCCUCAGUUUAUAAUGAAUGACACAUAUAUUAAUGAAGACAUCAAAACUCUGAAGUUUACAGAAAGUGAUUAUUUUGGCAAUGUAUUGCAAACUCGCAAAUACGCAGCCCAAUCUGAUUUCUACUGGCUUAGAAAAGAAGUUCCAAAAACAGAGUGGUUUACAAGCCCGACUACUGUAAAUGCUUUCUAUAGUGCAUCUACCAACCAGAUCAGAUUCCCAGCAGGAGAACUUCAAAAGCCUUUCUUUUGGGGAACAGAGUAUCCUAGGUCAUUAAGUUAUGGUGCCAUAGGAGUGAUUGUCGGCCAUGAGUUUACUCAUGGAUUUGAUAGCAAUGGUCGGAAAUAUGACAAAAAUGGAAAUUUAGACCCUUGGUGGACAACUGACUCUGAAGAAAAAUUUAAGGAGAAAACAAAAUGCAUGAUUAAUCAGUACAACAAUUACUACUGGAAGCAAGCUGGCUUACAUGUGAAAGGGAAGAGGACUUUGGCAGAAAACAUUGCAGACAAUGGAGGUCUGCGAGAAGCUUUCAGGGCAUACAGGAAAUGGAUUACAGAAAAGAGGGGAGGAGAAGAAGAGCCUUUACUGCCAGGCCUUGAGUUCACACACAACCAGCUUUUCUUUCUCAGUUAUGCCCAUGUAAGAUGCAACUCCUUUAGACCAGAAUCGGCGAGGGAGCAAAUAUAUACUGGAGCUCACAGCCCUCCUCAGUUCAGAGUAAUCGGAGCCAUGAGCAACUUUGAAGAGUUCCGUAAAGCUUUCCAUUGCCCGGCGAACACGACGAUGAACCGCGGGGCAGAGUCCUGCCGGCUCUGGUAGCUGUCCCUUGCAGCUCUUCUCUUGGGAGGAGUCUGCAAUGUGAACUGCUCAAGCCCAUUGCUACAGUGUCAGAGUAACAGUCUGGAAUCUGGAGAGGUGUUACUUCAAAUGCAUCUUUGUGAUCCAUGCUGAUAUCUGUAUGGAUCUAAUCACUCCCUAUGUAGAGACUAGGAACAUUCCAAACAGAAGAGCUUUUCUUUAAGGAUAAUAAUAAAAAGUAACUCCUUUUAACCAUAAAACUACUCCGGUUCAUCUGCAGUUGCAUUGCUGUUGAUGGAUAACUGCCAUUAUCAAUUCUAAUUCCUGAUUUAUAGUUGAGCUAGAGGUAAAUGCUAAAAUCCAGUUUUAAUCUAUUGCUCUGCAGGGGUUCUAUGCAGAAUGUUCCCACACAAAAUUUAUUCUUUCUGGAUGAAGAAAUUCAUGAGCCCUGCUAUAAAGCCAGCUCUGAUCUGCUGUGUGAUACUGCAUUUUCAUAACUUAAGCUGUCACAGCCCAGCAUGCCAUAAAUGAUGUGGCAUGAUGUAAAGACACAAGACUUUAUAUAAAUUCAGUUUAAUAUGUCAGAUUAGUGCCUCUGGUUUUGGAACAGUUUCAAGCUGAGAAAGUAUCUCAUGGUAUCCAUCUGUAGGACUAAAACAUAAAGGAUACUUGUCAGAUUGUGGCCUCUUCUAAUUUUAGAACAUCUUAUGAUAUGGUGAAUGGUGAAAUGUAUGUAUGGUGAAAAUCAGAGGCUCUCAGAGGGGAUUCCCAGCACCACUAUUCUCAUAAAUAUUGCAGCAUUUAUUCCGGUUUACACUGUAGGCAGUUUUUUCCCAGGGGAUGGUUUUUACCUUGGGCUGAAGAUAGCUUCAUCUGCAUUUAUUUUUUUUAAGCCAGAAAUACUAUACCAGAUUUAAAUGAUGGAUUUUAUAGUGUCUGGGUCUUACAGGGUAUUGCAAGUAGUGUGCAUGUUUGCCCUCAUGUUCUGGAUGGGGCAGAAUGAUUUGUGAUUUUAAGGAAAGAGUAUGUGACAGAAAAACAGAGUACCAGCAUCAUUUGACUUGUCUGGAUAAAAAGAGCAAUUUAGGAGUAGAGGACUUAAAAACACACUAAAAAUACAGACCAGUUGAGUUUUCAAUUUGAUUUUUAAGAAUAUUAAUGAAAAGUUUUUAUUUCAGCAGAAAGAUUUUAACACAUAACUAUUACUGGGAGAGGUCAGAUGGGGAGGUGGGGGAGGAUGCACACACAGCUCUUUUUUUCCUAACAGAAAGGUACCUAUAUAAGUGGCAUAUAUUUAUACCUUGUGCAUUAUUUCAUUUUUACACGGUGUAAUUAUUUCAAAAGGAGUUUCUUUAGACUGAUUUAAUUCCCGCAAAUCAAUAUUGGUCUCUGUGUGUAUAUACUUUUAU